CAGAUUUUAAUGUUUGCUAAUGUUCUUCCCUGAUUUGCAGCACUCCAACUAAGAUGAGUGAUGACUUAUUUGAUGCAGUAGAGGCUCUUGAACAAGAUCACUCAAUCCUAGGGGAGACUCAUGGGACCAGGGCUGGGAAGGAAAGGCAAUACACUGAUGGGUAUGUUAAAGGAUGGCAGCAAGCAGCUCAUGUAUUGCAUGAAAUAGGUUCAUUGUAUGCCAUAUUGUCUGCAUUUUCACUCAACUGCCAGUGCGAGACAGAGCCAGUGCAAGAUGAAAUGAGCACCCAGGCCACUGCUGCUACCUCGGUUGUAACGACUGAAAAUCCAUCCCUUGAUGGUAAAGAAAUUUCAAAUGGUAGAUGUGCUGUUCACAAAGUAUUGACUACAAGACAACAGGCUUCAUUGAACAGAGUUUUGGAUGAUCUAAGCAACCAUCGGAUGUGGCUUGCAUUGGGACGUAAUUCUGAAGAAGAACUAGCUGAGCAUCUCAGCUCAGUUCAAACUCAGGCAAAGUUCUUGCUUCAUAAGCUGAAGAUCCCUACACGGUUUGAAGACAAAACUGUGGAUGCCGACUUCUAGGGAGGCGUUUUUUUGCCAAGAAUUACAUGGAAAUUCAUUGUCAUUCAAUAAAUCCUGUUUGACAUCAG